AUGAGGAGCGUCCAGAAGACAGCGCCGCUGCAGCCGAGCCACACCUGUAGAGCAGAGUAUAAAGAGGGCAGACUUGACUCAAGCAGGACAUCAAUCUUCAGAGAGUCUCUCCAUAGAAACUCGAAGAGGAGUCGCUUUGCCGGCCCGCUGAUGCUCCUGCUGCUUGGUCUCGCUCAGGCUUACCAGGAUGAAGAAUUCCAAGAGCAAGACGGGGAAGACACGGUCGACAUCUCCACCACAAUUGUCACCAUCAACAAUGGCAGUGAGGUGAUCCUCCUGGAAGGAGACCCGCUGGUUCCCAAAACCAGGAACGCCAUGAAGUGCCGGUACCAGAGCUGCCUGUGGAACAGAGCCGCCAACGGCUACGUGACCAUCCCUUACGUGGUGAGCAGGGAGUUCCCAGAAUGGGAGAAGCGGAAGAUCGAGACGGCCAUGAGGUCCUUCCACGGCAGCACCUGCAUCCGCUUCGUGCCCCGGAGCGACGAGUACGACUACAAAGGCGGCUGCUACUCGGCUCUGGGACGGCAGGGCGGCAAGCAGGUGGUGUCCAUCAACCGCGGCGGGUUGUUCUUCAGGUCGAACGAGGCGAUCUCCUCCGUGCAGUACAUUCGUGGCCAGUAUUGCACGCUACCAGCCGAGGCCACCCUGAUAAUGCGCAGCGAGGACGUACAGUGCAUGAAUCCAGUGUUGAGAUGA